AUGGCACAGAUCACCAAGCUACAGACAGUCAACACCUGGGUUGAAGAUGGCGUGGGUGUAGUUCAAAUCAAUUACUCUGAAAAACGCAACACGCUGGGCUGGCAGGUCCACCACGACAUGUUGAAGGUGCUAGACGAGUACAAGGACGACAAACAGGUGGCUUGCGUCUUGUUCUAUGGAAAUGAGAAGUACUUCAGUUCGGGGUGGGCGAUCGAUAUUCUCGCAACGACCAGUGGCGCCGAGAGACAAGCCUUCUCCGAUAUUGCUCUGAAGUUGAUGAUCACCGUGUACGACUAUCCCAAGCCGACUGUGUGCGCCGUGGCCGGUAUGUGUCCAGGGUAUGCCUUGGACAUAGCAAACUUCUGUGACAUCACUAUUGCCUCCAAAAAUGCCGCCUUUGGUAACAGUCAAGUCAAGUACGGUCUGAACCCAAUGACCCACCCCAUGUUCCGAAAGAUGAACAUCCAGCGGGCCAAGAGGUUGAUCUUUACUGGUGAUCCUAUGGGACCCGAAGAGGCACUCCGAGUCGGCCUCGUGGACGAGUUGACUGAAGUCGGCCAGCUGUUCAGCACCUCGAUGACCCUUGCCAAGCAGAUUGCGGAGCGAGGCUCGGAACUGGCGGUCAACUUGAAGGAAAUGUGCUUAAGGGUGCCAAACAUGGACCACAUCGGGGCCACCUACUACGAGACGCGCUUCACAAACGACCUGUUGGGCCGGGACUCGUUCAAAAAGUUAGCUGAGGACGGCGUGCGAAGGAUCAAAGAGAAGCGUAGCAAGGCGGUAGAGCGGCUGGGGAAAUUGUGA